AUGAAGCGCGAAUCGAAGCUUGUAUACUAUUUACCCCACCUUGUCUCUUUCCUGCUUACCAAAUAUUGUCGCUUUGCCACCUUUGAGGCGGCCAAGGCUCAAGCAUCUCCGCCUUCCAACUUUCUCACUCGUUGUCAAGCGCGCAUCAUCGGCGAUGAUCUCUUCAGCGUUAGCGCGAAUACACAUUUCUCUCGUCAGGGAGCCUCCAGCAGAUCUGCUCACUCGGAUCUCAGCAUCGCCACGGUCUCAGGCAAGACUCAGCCACUGCACCUUCACACCCUCAAUUACCGGAUGUACCCCCAAGCGUGUAUUCAUGCUGUUUUUGCUCGUGUGAUCAAGAUGGCUAAUCCAUCAUUGAACUUCAUCACAUUCAACCAAGACCACAGUUGCAUAGCCGUUGGUACCUCAAAGGGCUUUCGAAUCUACCAUACCGACCCAUUCUCACGUAUUUUUAGCAGUGAUGAUGGAAAUAUCGCUAUCAUUGAGAUGCUAUUUUCAACUUCUCUCGUCGCCCUCAUUCUGUCUCCUAGACACCUCAUAAUACAGAACACCAAGAGAUCAUCUAUCAUAUGUGAGCUCACUUUUCCGUCCGCCGUUCUCGCGGUACGGUUAAAUCGAAAGCGACUCGCUGUUGUUUUAGAGGAGGAGAUUUACCUGUAUGAUAUCAGUAAUAUGAGCCUUCUUUACACUAUACCGACCUCUCCAAACCCUUCAGCUCUUUGCGCAUUGUCUCCUUCAUCCGAAAAUUGCUUCAUAGCAUAUCCGCUCCCAAAGCCGCGGGAAGAUUCUGAAAGCAGACGACCAAUACAUGCACCGCCUCAAUCCACAUACGUUGCGCCUACCUCAGGGGAGGUGUUGGUGUUCGAUACGUUGACGUUAAAGGCAGUUAACGUAAUCGAAGCGCAUCGUUCACCGUUGUCCUGCAUUUGUUUGAACAGUGACGGCACACUUCUAGCGACCGCGAGUGAGACUGGCACCAUUAUCCGCGUCUUCUCUAUCCCAAGAGGCCAGAAGCUUUAUCAGUUUCGACGUGGGACUUACCCUUCCACCAUUUAUAGCAUGUCAUUCAAUCUGAGCUCUACUCUACUAUGCGUGUCAUCGACAUCCGACACGAUUCAUAUUUUCAGGCUUAACAUUCCACCUGGUCAUUCUUCUUCUGCCGGGGAGUCAAGUGACACGCUGGGCUCUCAAAAGCGAGACCGUCGUUCCCGAACCAAGUCUUAUGACGAUGCCGAUUCACCGAGUAAUAGUGCCACGGGUUCACCGAGAAGUGAGGCAGCAGAUAUGGCAACGGAAACUAACACCAGCAGCGGAGGUGGUCCAGGAAAUCGGAGACAAAGCGGUUCUUUCAGUAACAUGCUCCGCCGAUCUUCUCAGAUCAUGAGUCGUGGAAUGGUUGGAGUUGUCGGUUCUUAUCUCCCUCAGACCGUCACUGAAAUGUGGGAGCCGCUGCGCGACUUUGCGUUUAUCAAGGUGCCAAAACCUGGAACAUCAGGACCCUUGAGAGUUCCAGGAAAUUCUUCCAGUGGUUCUUUGAAAACUGUUGUAGCGAUGAGCAGCAGUAGCCCUCAAAUCAUGGUUAUCACGAGUGACGGAGGAUUUUACAUCUACAACAUCGAUAUGGAAAAUGGUGGGGAGGGUUAUUUAGUAAAGCAGUUUUCUGUUCUUGAAAGUGAUGAUAAACAUGACAUAUCCACAUAUUUAUCAUAA